UAAAGGGGGCGUGGUCCGGGAGCAGCAGCCAAUCAGCGGUGCGCUGCCGGCCGGGUUAAAGGCGCGGCCGCCGGCGCUCGGAGCCCGCAGAGCGGGAGCGAUGGAGCGGCCGCGGUCCGGGGCCUGGGCCUCGGUCUGCCCCUGGGAGCGGCUCCGCUGAACGUGGCGCGCAGCUGGGCGGCCGGCCGGCGACAGAGGGAAGAUUCCCCCCCGUCCGGAGAGAGCGGGGAUGGCGCCCCGCUGCCGGCGGUCCUGGCUGAGCGUGUUACUGGGCCUGGCGCUCGGCUUCGCGCUGGCCUCCUGGCUCGUCCUCCCCCGCCCGGGCACGGCGCAGCGGGGACAGCGAGGCCGGGCCGUGUGCGGCCGCCGGGGGCCCGGAGCCGGCCAGCAGCCGCCACCGCCGCCCCCUCCUCCGUCGUCGGCCGAAGCCUCGGCGUCGCGCUUCAUGUACGUGGGGGUGAUGAGCGCCAAGAAGUACCUGAGGAGCCGGGCGCUGGCGGCCUACCGGACCUGGGCCCGGCACAUCCCCGGCCGGGUGGAGUUCUUCUCCAGCGAGGGCUCGGACCUGAGCCUGCCGCUGCCGCUCGUCGCCCUGCCCGGGGUGGACGACACCUACCCGCCGCAGAAGAAGUCCUUCCUGAUGCUCAAGUACAUGGCGGAGCGGCACCUGCAGCACUUCGAGUGGUUCGUGCGGGCCGACGACGACACCUACAUCCGCGGCGAGAGGCUGGAGAGCUUCCUGCGGGGCCUCAACAGCAGCCAGCCGCUCUACCUGGGCCAGACCGGUCUCGGCGCCCCCGAGGAGAUGGGCAAGCUGGCGCUGGAGCCCGGCGAGAACUUCUGCAUGGGCGGCCCGGGCGUGGUGCUGAGCCGGGAGCUGCUGCGCCGGGUGCUGCCUCACAUCGGCCAGUGCCUGCGGCAGAUGUACACCACCCACGAGGACCUGGAGCUCGGCCGCUGUGUGCGCAGGUUCGCCGGCGUCCAGUGUGCCUGGUCCUACGAGAUGCAGCAGUUGUUUUAUGAAAACUAUGAACAGAAUAAAAAAGGCUAUAUACAGGACCUCCACAACAGCAAGAUCCAGCGAGCGAUCACUCUACAUCCAAACAAGAGCCCAGAAUAUCAAUACCGGCUUCACAGCUACAUGAUGAGCCGCCGGAUCUCUGAGCUUCGCCAUCGCACCAUCCAGCUUCACCGGGAGAUCGCACUGAUGGGCAAGUACUGCAAUGCUGAGCUUCACAAAGACGACAUUCAUUUGGGCAUUCCACCUUCCUUCAUGCGGUUCCAACCUCAGCACAGGGAAGAGGUUCUGGAAUGGGAGUUCCUGACAGGGAAAUACCUUUAUUCGGCAUUUGAUGGAGAGCCACCAAGAAGAGGGAUGGAUUUGUCUCAGAAAGAAGCUUUGAAUGACAUUAUCAUGCAGUUGAUGGAAAUGAUCAACGCAAACGCCAAGUCUAGAGGCCGGAUUAUUGACUUCAAAGAAAUUCAGUAUGGUUACAGAAGGGUUAACCCUAUGUAUGGGGCAGAGUAUGUACUUGACCUGCUCCUUCUCUAUAAAAAGCACAAGGGAAAGAAGAUGACUGUCCCUGUGAGGAGACAUGCUUACCUGCAGCAAACUUUCAGCAAGGUCCAGUUUUCUGAAAGUGAAGAGAUUGAUGCAGCAGACUUAGCCAAUAAAAUUAACAGGAACUCUCAAUCUCUCUCCAUCCUCUCAAACCCACUCCAAAUAUUUGUUCCCUUCCAACUUGGAGCCAGUAAUAUUGGGCGUCAGAAGCCCAAAGACCAGAAAAUCAACAUCUUGGUCCCUUUGUCUGGUCGUUUUGAAAUGUUCAUGAGAUUCAUGGAAAACUUUGAAAGGACUUGUCUGAUUUCAAAUCAAAAUGUCAAAUUAGUUAUAUUGCUACUCAAUUCUGAUUCAAAUCCAGACAAAACUAAACAAUUUGAACUGAUAAGAGAUUAUCAGGUGAAAUAUCCCAAAGCAGAGAUCCAGGUUCUGCCAGUGCUGGGAGAGUUUUCCAGGGCUCUUGCUCUGCAUCAUGGAGCUGCCCAGUUUAGUAAUGAUUCCCUACUUUUGUUUUGUGACGUUGACUUGAUAUUUACGGUGGAUUUUCUGCAACGCUGCAGAAGUAAUGCUGUACCAGGGAAGCAAGUGUACUUUCCAGUUAUCUUUACCCAAUAUGACCCAAAGAUUGUACAUGCGGGGAAAUCUCCUAACAAUAACAAUUCUGCUUUUACAAAAAAGACUGGAUUCUGGAGACAUUAUGGGUUUGGGAUCACAUGUGUUUACAAAAGUGAUCUUUUGCUUGCUGGUGGGUUUAACAUCUCAAUCCAAGGCUGGGGAAUGGAGGAUGUGGAUCUCUACAACAAGGUCAUUCAGGUUGGUUUAAAACCAUUCAGGAGUCAAGAAGUUGGAAUCGUUCAUAUCCACCAUCCAAUCUACUGUGAUCCAAACUUGGAACCAAAUCAGUACAAAAUGUGCUUGGCCUCCAGAGCCUCAACCUAUGGUUCGACAGAGCAGCUGGCGGAGCUGUGGCUAGAGAGACAGCAGUCCAGUCCCAGCAACAUCACACUUGAUAGUUCAAAGAGGACAGCAUAACAUCCAGCUUAGCUGGAGAACGUUCUAAUUUAUUUUUUAAUGUUUUUAUAAAAUAAAUUGAUUAUAUUGUAAAUAAUUGUUUUACAGAUAAGACAUUUUACAUUGAAUAAAGGAACUGAGUGUUCACAUCAGCAUUGCUGGCUGCACAGGCCCUAUUUAAUACUCUGGUGAAGGGUAGGAUGAUUGAAGAAAUGAAUGACACCCUUGGUUCAUUUAUAGUACUCCAGUUAGAGGAGCAGGGAGGUGGAGUAAUAGGAAUCAACCCAAUAUCGUGACUGUUCAGCUCCUCGAAACUUUCUAGAUCUAACUUUUAUAAUGUGAAUAAUUUGGGCAUGAUAUUUAAAUUUCUGAAAGGAUUUGAGCCCAUUUAAUGUUGUCACGGCUAUUGCACCAUAACUUUUAUUUGAUAUUUAGUCAAUGAACUAGUGUAUUAGGACUUAAUUUGGUUGUUAACUUUGUUCCUUUUUGUCAGAAUGUAUAGAUUUUAGAUGCCAAGAUUGUGAAGUAAUGUCUAAGUUAUGAUUAGUUUAUUCAACAAGUGUGUAUAUUUAGGAGGGCUUGGCUUUUUGUGGCUCCCUCUGGUUUGAUUUGAUCAUUGCUGUGACUCCCUGUCUUGUUCCAUUGCCGAAUGUUGUUGGUUUGUUUUGGGCCCUCUAUCUGCAGCAACUUCAACUUCUUGUUGUGUUCUAAAUCACAUACACAGCCUUUUCAAAUAAAAAGUAUUCCAUUCAUCUCCUGCCCAAUCCCUCCUCCAAAAGUAAGUUCCUCCAUUUAUGUAAUAUACUUAUUUGAGCCAUAGAUCUAGAAUGUAGGGAUUUUUAAUACUUUUGUAAUGUUUGCAUAGAAAGGAAAUACAGGUUCAUCCUUUAAAAUGUUAACCGACUUUCCUUGGGACUCCAACACUCCAUCCUCAUCCAAAGGUUUAGAUUUUGGGCUUUGGUGGUUUGGCUACAAAAUACUUCACAGGAAAUGCGAGCAGAGGGGGAAUGGACCAUAUCUUCUUUAGAAUUACUGGCUUCUCUUGGUGUGCAUUAGUAGCAGAGCUGGCCCCUGGUUUUUCUCCACAGGCUGUCGCCAUGUAAUGAUUCAUGUAUUGGUGCUCGAUUUUGAAAAUUCUACCUCGUACUCUGGUUCUUCCACUGGGUCAGUUCUUUUUAGUCUGUGGAUCCAGUACUUCAAGGCUCCAUUCCUAAUGGUCAAUCCCUUCCCGACUGAUGCCAAGCCAGCUUUUUUUUAUGGAUCUUAUUUGAGCCCAAUGAGCUCCCUCCGCCAGACAUCUAUUUCACGUGUGUAGCUAUUUGUUUAUUGCAAACUGAGUUAAACAUUCACUUUAUGGGCUGCUUUAUUAGAGCUAGUGUUUAAGGAAACGUUUUCUAGAAGAAAAAUGUUUGUGUAUGUACUAAUGGAGUGUUGGUGCAGUGGUUAUUGAUGGUAUGAUCUCAAGAACUGAGGGCACAGUAUGAGUGAUUAUGGAAACAAUGGUAGAAAAAUCUUUUUCCCAGAAGAAACUGGUUCUUCUGUCAGAAGUGAAGCUAGUUUAACACUUGGCUUCAAACUAACAUCUUAAAUUUUUAGGAGCGACAGUUGAUUUCCUCGUAACUUUCACUAUGCAUGAGGUUGUCUGCUGAUCCCAUCUUUGUGAAAUUUCAAUACUUUGUAGCACUGGUGGUAAUGUCUACCCAAGGCCACUGGUUUCUUUAUUAAUUGACAAGGUGGCACCUGAACAACUCAUCUGUCAACAGCACUACAUAUGGUUCACUUGUUUUGUGCUUAUUUGUCAAAUGAUAUUUGCAUCAUUUUAAGCCACUUUCCACAUUUUCUGCCAACCCCUGAGAGUUAAUCCAAGGUUAGUGAGUUUCAUUGUCAAGAUAAUGAGGACUUCCAAAGAAAUGCUGAAGCCAUUCAGCAAGACCUUUUUGUACAAAUUAACAUUCCUUCAUCUUUCCAGUAAGGGUGAGGUGCUUCCAGUAACUGCCUCAAAUGAUUUCUAGAGCCACAAAUCUAGGUUUACUCUCCAGUCCAGAAUUGAAUGCUGCACAUGUGCAUUCUAAUAGACAAGACCCAUAGCUUAUUAUCUACAAAAGAAAUUCCCCACCCUUACCAUUUCAAUGACUGGAAGAAUGUUCAUAGACUCACUUUUUAAAUAUUUAUAUACAAAUGGGUCAAAUAUAUUAGUCCUGGAUUUUAUUUUGUGCAUUGACCCAAAUUCUGAACUUAUUUCCACCUUUCAUUGUCCCUUCAGUUCUCUCAUCUUUGCAUUAUGUUUUGUGACAUAGAAAAGCUUUUUUAGUUCCCCAAUAUCAUAUCCAAGUUAACGAGCGAGGAAAGCUGUGUUGACCAGCUCAUUAAUAAUCAUGCUCUUCAUUAAUAUGCUCCAGGUCCUGAAGUCUACCCGCUGGUGAUGAAUCGUAUGUUGGAGUCACAAACCUGAAUUUUAUUUUAGAUCAACGUGCAGAGGUCUAGAUUUGUUUACACAGGGUGGCCUGAACUGAACUGAUACCUUGGCAUUGUUUCCUGCUUGUUAUUUCAAGGAAUCUAGCCCCUUUAGAUUGCAGCAUAGUAAUGCAGCAUAGAAAUGGAGCCCUUCAUGUACCAUCUAUACUCCCAUUUUCCAUUACCCAUACAUAUCAAACUCAUUAUUUGUCACACCACCUAGGAUUUUAAGGAAAUAUUUCUUAACUAUAUUUUGCUUUGAAUAUAGAUUCACACAUGCAGUGAAAACUAAGUGUCAAAAACUAAUUUUUGUCAAGGAUUUGCAGUUUCAAAUUGGAUGUGCUCACAAUUUUGAGGAAGACUACCUUCAUAGCCAAAAUAUCUCCAGAUCUGUAGUGAGUCUCACAUUGGGACAAUUUGUAUUUUUUAGGUUUUAAAAUGUGAUGCAAUUUAAUAUUUAUCUAUUGUUUUCCAUCUUUUGCAAUGCACAAUUGUAACUUUAAAUCUCCAUGCAAAAUUCUUAACUCCUUUGUACUUGUGUGCAUAAUGGUUUAUUAAAUUUGAAUAAAACUUGUUUUGAUUUAUCAAUGAA